AUGAGGAUAUAAAUUUUUGUUCUUUCAAUUGUCAUAAUAAGUGGAACUGAAUGUGUGUUAAAACAGUAAUCUUGCGUUAACCUUUAAACUAAAGAAUAAUGUGAAAAUACUGACAACCCUUUUAUAAUAUGUUCAUGGUAUUAGUCUUGCAAUAGUGCACGAUAUGAUUCUUGUUACUAAUACUUAAAUGAAUAGGAAUGUUCGCAUUCUCCUUCAUAUUAUAAUUUUAUCUGUUAUUGGUAAAAUGGAGCUUGCAUGAAAAAAAUAUAGUAUUAAACAUUAUGUUAAAAUAAGAAAAGAAGGAGAAAAAAUUUGCGAAGAUAUUGAUAAUUAUUCUGAGUGCAGCUAUUAAAAAGGUAACCCUUAAUUAUGUGCCUGGAAAUAUGGCCGUUGUUACACUAUAGAGAAAUGUUCUUAAAUCACUGACUUCAAAUAGUGUAGAAACUCCUAUACUAGAGAUAGGUAUUAAAAUAAUAUUAUAUAAAGAUGCUAAUAUGUUGUUAAUAAUGUAGCUUCUGAUAAAGAAAAAGAGUAUAUAUAUAAUGCAGAUAUUUUUGAUUUUAACAGUUGUAGAAACUAAGAUUGUUUAUUCAAUACACAUUCUGAUUGUCCUAGUUUUAGAAAUGGCAGAAGAUGUUUUUUAAAAUCAGGAAAAUGUACAUAAUGUUCUUAUUAAACAAAUCCAAAUGAUUGUAUAGCCACCAAAUAGUGUACUUGGUAAAAUUCUUACUGUUAAAAUAUUUUGUAAGCUAACUUUCUUAUUUCUUUUAGAUGUUCAUAAAUCACAAGCAAAAAAUUAUGCAAUGAUAUCUUUUAUUGCCGAUAUGACUUUACUACUGAGCAAUGUCAAAUUAAUAACAACAAUACGAUUAAUCAUUGCUAUUUUUAUGAUAUAAGUUCUGAUCCCAUAUAAACAAAAUAUAAUAGUUUUUUUGGUUUAUGA